AUGGCACAGGUAAUCGUCGUUGGCGGUGGUCUCGCCGGUCUUUCAGCAGCUCAUACCCUUCUCGAACGAGGAGCCAAUGUUCUCCUACUUGACAAGCAAGGAUUUAUGGGUGGUAACUCUACCAAGGCCACCUCCGGCAUCAACGGUGCUGGUACUCAGGCCCAGCAGGAGUUGGGCAUCCCUGACAACGCAAAGAUAUUCUUCGAGGACACGAAGCGUUCCGCCCGUGACCUCGCUCGUGACGAUCUUAUUCGAGUCUUGACUGGACGUUCUGGUGAUGCCGUCAACUGGCUUCAGAACAAGUUUGGCUUAGACCUUUCGAAGGUGGCCCGCUUGGGCGGUCACACCCAACCUCGCACUCACCGCGGAAGUGCGCAAUUCCCUGGAAUGGUUAUCACGUAUGCCCAGAUGGAGCGACUAGAAGACUUAGCGGUCUCUCAGCCGGAUCGGGUCAAGAUUUAUAAGAAGGCGCGAGUGACUAAGCUCAUCAGGGAUGAGUCUGGGGCCGUUGCUGGUGUGGAUUACAUCCGUAAUGGCAAGACAGAGACUGCAUAUGGUCCUGUCAUUCUUGCGACUGGAGGUUAUGCAGCAGAUUUUACCCCAGACUCGCUGCUGAAGCAGCACAGGCCCGAGUAUUAUGACUUGCCAACUACUAACGGCGAUCACUGUACCGGUGACGGUCAGAAAAUGGCCAUGGCAAUCGGUGCCAGUGCGGUUGACCUCGAAAAAGUGCAGGUGCACCCCACAGGUCUAGUUGAUCCCAAUGAACCCGAUGCGAAAGUAAAGUUCCUGGCAGCCGAGGCACUCCGUGGUGUUGGUGGUUUGCUUCUGGACAAGAAUGGUGACCGCUUCGUGGAUGAACUUCAACAUCGUGACUAUGUCACUGGUAAGAUAUGGGAGAAUGGGAAAUAUCCCAUUCGACUUGUCCUCAAUGGCCAAGCAUCGAAGGAAAUCGAGUGGCAUUGCAAGCACUACGUUGGUCGUAAGCUGAUGAAACGUUUCGAGAGUGGUGAAGCUCUUGCAAAGGAGAUGGGCAUUUCACCCCAACAUCUCAAAGAAACUUUUGACAAAUACAAUGCAGGCGCCAAGGCCAACAAGGAUCCCUUCGGCAAAAAGUUCUUCUCGUCAGGAGCGUGGACAAUGAAUGAUUAUUUCCAUGUGGCCAUCAUGACCCCUGUCCUCCAUUACACCAUGGGUGGCCUUGAGAUUGAUUCGGAGUCUCGAGUUGUUGGUAAGGACGGGAAACCUAUCCCCGGUCUAUAUGCAGCAGGAGAAGUUGCAGGUGGUGUACACGGUGCCAACCGGCUUGGAGGUUCAUCUCUUUUGGGUUGUGUUGUUUUCGGCCGUGUAUCCGGGGAUUCAGCCGCUGCUUAUCUCUUGCAAACGACCGGUAAGCUUGUUGAAAAGGCCGGGGGUCGGCUUGGGGCGCUUGCUAGCCAGCUGGCUCCGCCUACCGCUUCACAGCCUUCGUCAGCACCAGCUCCCACGGAUGCUCCUUCGACAGCAGCUCCGGCCUCCCAGGCAUUCACGGAGAGUGAAGUUGCAAAACACAACAAGAAGGACGACGUGUGGGUGAUUGUGAACGGACAGGUUCUCGAUGUUACUUCGUUCCUGCCUGACCACCCAGGAGGCGAGAAAGCGAUCCUGUUGUAUGCGGGAAGGGAUGCAACAGAGGAGUUCAACAUGUUGCACGAUCCCAAGGUCAUUCCGAGAUACGCCCCUGAUUCAGUGAUCGGCACCUUGAAGAAAUAG